AUGAGAAAUCAUCAUUUAGUUAGCUCGCUGUUAGCUACUGCCUGGAGCUGACUGUCGAGGUGUUAUCAGCUUAGUAGCCGAUAUCAGUAUAUAUUUUUCUUUUAACAGGCGCAACGAUGACCCUCUGACACCAAGAAUGGACAUAAGUUAACAAUGACGGGGGAGAAAAAGAAGAAAAAGCGGCUGAACCGCAGCAUUCUUCUUGCAAAGAAAAUUAUAAUAAAAGAUGGAGGAAGUCCUCAGGGAAUCGGUGAGCCCAGUGUUUACCAUGCUGUGGUGGUCAUCUUCCUGGAGUUUUUUGCAUGGGGUCUCCUCACCACCCCGAUGCUCACGGUGUUACACCAAACAUUCCCCCAACACACAUUCCUGAUGAAUGGGCUUAUCCAUGGUGUCAAGGGCCUAUUAUCAUUUCUGAGUGCCCCACUGAUUGGAGCUUUGUCAGAUGUAUGGGGACGCAAGUCUUUCCUGCUGCUAACGGUCUUCUUCACGUGUGCACCCAUUCCACUGAUGAAGAUCAGCCCAUGGUGGUACUUUGCAGUCAUCUCUAUGUCCGGCGUCUUUGCUGUCACCUUCUCUGUGAUCUUUGCCUACGUGGCGGACAUCACGCAGGAGCAUGAGAGGAGCACAGCAUACGGUUUGGUAUCAGCUACCUUUGCAGCCAGCCUGGUUACCAGCCCGGCCAUCGGAGCCUACCUGUCUGUUGCCUACGGUGACACCUUGGUGGUGAUCCUGGCCACGGCCAUCGCCCUGCUCGAUAUCUGCUUCAUCCUUGUGGCUGUGCCAGAGUCGCUGCCAGAGAAGAUGAGGCCAGCAUCGUGGGGAGCACCGAUCUCCUGGGAACAGGCAGACCCCUUCGCUUCUCUGCGGAAAGUGGGUCAGGACUCCACGGUGCUCCUCAUCUGUAUCACAGUGUUUCUCUCCUACCUCCCCGAGGCCGGCCAGUACUCCAGCUUCUUCCUCUAUCUCAGACAGGUCAUAGGCUUCUCAUCAGAGACAGUGGCUGCCUUUAUCGCUGUAGUGGGGAUCCUGUCAAUACUAGCACAGACGGUGGUGUUGGGGAUCCUGAUGCGUUCAAUAGGAAAUAAGAACACAAUCCUGCUUGGCCUCGGCUUCCAGAUCCUCCAGCUGGCGUGGUACGGCUUUGGCUCUCAGCCCUGGAUGAUGUGGGCAGCUGGAGCCGUUGCAGCCAUGUCCAGCAUCACUUUCCCUGCCAUCAGCGCAAUUGUGUCCCGUAAUGCAGACCCAGACCAACAAGGUGUUGUCCAGGGGAUGAUUACAGGGAUUCGGGGCCUCUGUAACGGUUUGGGCCCUGCUCUUUACGGUUUCGUCUUCUACUUGUUCCACGUGGAGCUGACCGACACGGAUGGCUCUGAGAAAGGUGUCAAACCCAACAUGGCCAACCCCACUGAUGAGAGUGCCAUCAUCCCAGGUCCUCCAUUUCUGUUUGGUGCAUGCUCAGUGCUGCUGUCUCUGCUGGUCGCCCUGUUUAUCCCAGAGCACACGGGCCCUGGCAUGAGGCCAGGCGCCUACAAGAAGCACAGCAACGGGGCGCAGAGUCACUCUCACAGCCCACAGGGCAGCGGGGCAGAGGGCAAGGAGCCUCUGUUGGAGGACAGCAGUGUAUAACCUCAGCUAAGGGGGGGGCAGACACCCUCACUCCACCCCAAAACCCCUGCACACAUGGACAGAUACACACAUUUUACGACAUGGCCACACUUGUACCUCAGGCAUCAGACUCAAGUGCCGCGAAGAGGUCUUUGUGUCUGUGUGUUUGUGUCCACAGCACAAAAGUGGGCAGUCGUUCGUUAGCAGCCCUUUUUCUUUUUUAAAAGCAGGCUAUUGUGAGGACUCUCUAAAGACCCUGUAUGAAGAGAGUGUGAGUAUUUUUCGGGCUGCAGUGGAAAGGUGUGUGUGACUUGGCUGAGCUGGACUCUAAUCCUUGGUUUCUAUAAAGCAGUAACAGAGUGGAGCAUACAGCAGUACGCCCCCCCUCCUAGAACCGAAGUGAUUUGGUUUUGAGUGUGAGUGGGGUAUAUCUCAAAUGUUACUAAAUCCCUGUGUGAUUAUUCAUAUUCCUCUGUAGCCAGUGAAGUGGCAACUUUGUCUGUUUGUCCAACGAAAGCGUAACAAACAGUUAGUUGAGCACUUGUCUAAUGGUCUUUCACACAUUAACUUCUGUUCUGAUGCGACUACAGCUCUGUUAAAGCAUCCAAGAAGGGAACACAGUUUUUCCUCUGUGUGCACAGCAGGGAAGCACAGCAACUAUAAACCUGUGAGAGGAGACUCUGCAGACCAGUGUUGGAGAGGCGCUGCCUAAUCUCAAGUCAGGAUGGGUCAACCAGUUCACAUAUGAAAAGCUUCGUAAGACCACACUUUGUUUAAAUGUCACACUUCUUACAGAGAGAAGUGUGCAACUGAGACCACUUUAUUAGCUGAAACUGUUUUUCAAUGUUUACUUGCCAUUCUCUAGAUUAGUAGUACAGUUUGGGUUGUAUAUUUUUCUCUGUUCAAACUGAAGGCUAGUUGUGCUUCAAGUUUUUAUUCAAGAAACAAAUGUUGCCUUGAAGUGACUUAAGAUAAAUAUAUAUAUAUAUAGACAUUACGUAACCUGUAUGAAGACCGAGGUCUGAGAAGGCUUUGUAAUCUUAUGCUAUCGCUCCCAUCGGAGCCGUUACACACUUUCUAUUCCUUUGUUUUCACGUCCUUCCUGUCACUUAGUUUGCUGACAUUUAUCAUCAACAGGGUUAAGGCUUACAGAACCAUGGUUUUAUUUUAAAAGCCUCUGGACCAUUAGGAGCUAGAGCGUUGCUAUCAGCAUGUCAGUGUUGGCACUGACUGUUAAUAAGGAGACGGAAUUAAUAUCAUUAGGUUAAACAAAAUAUCAGUGAUGCUGCUGAAGUGGAAAAUUCAAAGGUUAAGUGUGAUGUAAUGUGGUGGAUAAAGAUUUCGACAGGGGAACCUAUAAAAACGUUUUCAUGUAAUCCCUGACAUUUAAGAUGCCAUACAAACAGUCAUUACAAGGCACAGCACAUCUCUCAAACAAUAACUAACGACAGAUGGUCGAAAUCUUAGAUGUGAAGCACAUCAUGGAACUGGCUUGUAACUCACUAACUCGCAUUUAACAGGUUGCAUUUCUUCCACAAGGGGGAGGGGCUCGUUGUCAGACCAGCUCUAUACUUGCCAACCUGCAUCUCCUAUAGGACAAAAAGUGGCAGCGGUAGUAGUCCAGACCAGUAGAAGAUGAUGUGCUGGUCGCCUCCCACAGGCAAGGAGAGGAAAAGCUGUUUAAAUUUUAACAGAUGUUACAGCUGCAAAUUUUUUUUUUUUAAAUAUAACAUCAUUAAGUUUCACUCAUGUUUAUUCAUCCGCACAAAGAUGAAAAUAACAGCGCUCCCAUCCUAAUCGACCACUGAUGAUUACCAAAACGUAGUAAAUAAGAAGAUACUCAUAAAAUAAAACCACACCAAAAAAACAACACAAAAUAAUAGAAAUAAAUGUUUAAAACAAGUAAAACAACUAUUUUAACAACAGAAUAAAAACAAACUAGGUUUAAAUAAAAAUAAAAAAAAUUUCAUCCUCCAGUGGAUACUAUAUCUUCAAAUAAAAAUGUCCACAGCAGGAGAUCAGAGUUCACAUGAUGACACUUGGAGCACUGUGAACUCGGUUGUAGUCAUCAGUAAAUAUGAUGCAGACAACAAAAUAAAACAAAAUUCUAACAAAACGUGAAAAAAAACUGUAACAUUGGGUGUGUGAUAGUUAGUUUUGAUUAUGUGUUAUUUUUCUUGUCAGUAGAUGGUGGUCGUCAGCUCGUCUGUACCUGCAGGUGUAAACUGCUGCUGUUACUUUUCUUGCCAGCAGGUGUCACAGGUUAAACAUGAACUGCAGCUCUUUAACUGGAUGGUCUUGGCUGUGCUUGGUUUUUUUUUUUUUUUUUUUUUUUUGGUGCUUCGCAUCAGUGACACUGUGUUCCCUUUGUUCAAAUACUGUGUUAACAGCUGGUGAAUUAUUCCUGUCACAGUUUUGAACAGUUAAUUUAUAAAUGCCUCAAGUGCAUUUAAAUAACCAAAUUACAACCUGAUAUGGAUUAGUAGCUAACGGUGGGUUUCACGCUGUUUAACAUCUCUCUGAAGUGAAAUGUGCGUCAUAUAUUUUGUGCCAAAUUUUUUUUGGUUUGCUUUUUCAUACUGUGUGUGUACGUGUGCUUGAGUGAUUUGGAUUUCUUUUUUCUUUUCUUUUUUUUUUUUUUGCUCAUUGUUUUGUUUUCUCUUGUCUUAAUGAAUUUUUUUGACUGAAGAUUUAAGUUUUAAUGCUAUUUUUUUAUACUUUUAAAACUUCAUCCAGUCAUUCUUAGGAAUCUUUUCCAACAUUGUGGCUAGAUAGUAAAUUAUCGAAUGUCCAUCUUUGUUGUUUUCAGUCUCAGUCUUCAUUUAAUAACAAGCAUUUCACCGUGGUUAGUUACAUUUAAUAAGCUCAAAGUCACUGAAUGUUCGAAGCCAAGCUGUACAUGUUGACCACACUAUACCCUCAACAUUUUGACUCACCUGUCAUAUUGUUUUUAUUAUUUCAGGGGGGUUGUUACUUAACAGGAGGCUGUAACUGUUGAUUUAAUCUAUGAAUAUCGCUCUUUUACUUUUAUUUUUUCUUUAUUUAUCGUUUAUUGGACCAACACAAUAAAUUCAGAUCCUUCAUAAAUUGGUAAGAUUCUGCACCAGCCCCAUGUGCACUCGUACAGCUUACACGCAGAUGACUGUAAUUGUACAAAAAUCACCUGUACGUACAGUAAAUGUAUAUAUUUAUUGCUCAAGGAGAUGGCCACCUCUUGGUCUAUUUGGUUGUAUGGUGCAAUUAUUAUUAUAUAUUUCUCAAGACUGACCUGCUAGCCACUCCUGUUUUUAGUAUGUGGUUUGUGGCCUGAACCCCCUUCUCUGUGUGCCUAAAUUUAGCCAAGAAACGAGUAUGGCAACAUAAGUAAAUGGUGGUUAUUAUGUAAAUAUGGGAAACUAAUGACAAACUAUUUAUUAAAGGUUUAUUGUACAAUGAAA